AUGUUGUUGGCAGUUGGUGUCAUUGUAUGGUGCUGGGGAUUGCUGACUCGCAGACAGAUGCUGCGCCGCCAGGGCAUGCUGAAAGGCCGGUGUCGCGUCUUGUUCAGUGACCUGAAGGCUCUCCUGCUCAGGCCGCCAGCACCGUCAGCACCGCCACCUACAUUCAUCCCCAUGAACGGAGAAAAUACAGAGAGCCAUGCCAACGGAGCCGUGAGAACCGGCAGCUUCGCCGACAACAACAAUACGCUCAUAAGUGCCCCUCAUUUAGCGGGCUCGACUGUACCACCAACAGGGGGAGCUGUGGGGCCGGACGAAGACAGAGCCGCAGAGGGGUGGCCUGUCACAGCAGCAGGGCAACCUGGGGCUCUAGAUUGCAGCAGCUCUUCAGAUGACUGUUCUAAAGAGAAAUCUGAGGAGGGGUUCUCCCUCACUAGUUGCACGGACAGCGGUUUUCGAACCCCCUUGUGUAGAAUCUGCUUCCAGGGACCAGAGCAGGGGGAGCUCCUGAGCCCAUGUCGCUGCAGUGGGUCUGUGCGCUGCACUCACCACCCCUGCCUCAUCAAGUGGAUCAGCGAGAGGGGCUCCUGGACCUGCGAACUCUGCAACUACAAAUACCAGGUCAUCGCCAUCAGCACCAAGAACCCACUGCAGUGGCAGGCCAUCUCUCUGACGGUUAUAGAGAAAGUCCAGAUCACGGCGGCCAUCUUGGGCUCUCUCUUCCUCAUUGCCAGCAUCUCCUGGCUGAUCUGGUCGUCGCUCAGCCCUUCGGCCAAGUGGCAGCGGCAGGACCUGCUCUUCCAGAUCUGCUACGGCAUGUACGGGUUUAUGGAUGUGGUCUGCAUCGCUCUGAUCUUCCAUGAAGGUCCUUCUGUGUUCCGAAUUUUUAACCGCUGGCAGGCCGUAAACCAGCAGUGGAAGGUGCUGAACUAUGACAAGGUCAUGGACAAUGAGGACCAGAAGCCCGGUGCCUGCCCCAGGACCCUCUCUGUACCUGCCCAGGGGGACAGUAGCCAGGCAGGAGGAGCAGUCUCUCCUUCGUCCUCCUCUCUUAUGGCUGCAGUGGCCGCCACUGCACCCGUUGACACAGUGACGUCUAACAGAACACCGGGCCUCACCACCCAGGACUCCUCGGACCAGAGCAAUGGGCCCUCCCUGCCCGAUCACCACUGUGCGUACAACAUCCUCCACCUGCUCAGCAACCUGAGGCAGCAGGAGCCACGCGGCCAGCCCAGCAACAGCAACCGAGAGCUGGUGAUGAGGGUAACUACAGUCUGAGGAUUCUUGAGGCCUUAUUAUCUCAGCGGUGUGGGAGAAAUGGUGAAACAAGACAAUGUUGAUGCACAAGACAAAUUCUUCCAAGUCCAAAUGGGAUACCCUUGAGGCCUCUCCACACAUCACUUUUGUGGCAGUCCUGGGACAAAAUAGAGGUGUGGG